AUGGGCGGUUUCCGUUUCGCCUCAUGCAAUUUUGUGAGUCUAUGCAGUCGCCACCGAAACCUUGAGGAGGCUAAAAAGAUCCGAAGAGUGCAAAAAAUUCUGCUCGAAGAUGUACUAAACGACUUGGAGCUGAUCCUUCUCCAGAAAGCUAUGGUUAUACUUAAGUGGCCGGAGAGAUGUUCAUAUUCGAAUUCAAUCCUAUCAGUCGUUUUCCCGGCUGGGUUGGUCAACCUAGAUAUUCAUAAACUGAGAUUAAGUUUCAAUGGGAUGAUUUCCUUACUCGUUUUUUCAAAAUGUAGACUAUCACUGAUCCAUAUCUCAACGGCAUCACCCAACGUACGAACUCGAGUGGAUCAGCUAUCCGGCUACAGCUGGGGCAGAGAUCAGCCAUACUAUUCGACUAAGAAAAUACCCGUCAAAGACGCCAAAGUGUUGUACCAGGAACUACCCAAAAUAAUUCAAGACGCCAUUGGCAUCACGACGGAACUCGGACAUCAUUACCUCUGUAUUGGCUCACUUUCUAUUCCCGGGAGAAUGCGCAGGCCACUGAUGUAUAGCAGGGUUAUGGUUACCAGCACCGCUUCCACUCCCCGCUCCGUAGUAGAUGUGAUCCUGAAAUCCCAUUCCAAGGGCGGGAGUGCUCGUAUAUUUUUUUUGCCUGAAAUAAUGGGAGGGAGUGAUAGAUUCUAUGAUAUUUCAAGCACCUCAAACUUGAGGGACUCGACAAGACAAUGCUUGAGGUCUAUCAUGAGGCCGAAGAAUGAGACGGCAUUUCACGCUCCUAUCACUUUGCUCCGGUGGGCACAGAUCCCCGCUUUUUAUAAUGCAGAACCUUUCUAUUGCUGUUACAUAUACGAUCCCUUGCUCUUCUAG